AUGAUGAGGUUGCCACCAUUGUUGGUGCCUGGCGGCGGCGGCGGCAAGUCUAAGAAGAAGAAUUUAGUAAUUGAUGACGAUGAAUAUCAUCCUACUGCGACUGAGGUGUUGGAGGAAGAGAAACCUGCAUCUGCUGGGGCUAAAAAGAAAGCUAAGAAGGGAAAUUCGAAGAAGGUCGGGUCUAAUAAAGAUGAUGACAAUGUUGAUGGCCCGCUGGAACCGAAAGACGAAGAUGAUGAUGGAUGUAAAAAUAAGCCAUCAAAGCCAAAGAAUGGUGCUGGUAAAAGUUUAUUCAGCUCUUUGGUGUUUGAUGUGAUUGGUGAUGAGGAUGACGACGGAGCUGGUGGAGAUUCCGUCUCUGGAAAGCAGUCUGAUGAAGAUGAUGAUGAUGAUGAUGAACCCGUCAUUGAGUUUUCAGGAAAGAAAAAGCCUUCAUUGUCUGGUAAGAAAGGCGGAGGCAAAGGGCUUAUUGCAUCUACUUUUGAUUUGCUUGUCGAAGGAGAGAGUGAAGAUGAAGAUCACGAGGGCAUUGCUUCUAUCACCUUCACAGGAAAGAAAAAGAAGUCUUCAAAGUCCUCGAAACAGAGCCAUGUUAAUUCGUUUAGUGCUGCAUUCCUGGAUGAAGAAACAGAUGAGGACAUAUCUGUGGUUACAUUUUCUGGGAAGAAGUCUUCUAAGAAGAAAAGUAAUAAUGCUGUUACUCCCCCUGUUGCAGAGCCUGGGAAUGAUAUGUCUCAGGUAGAUGAAUUUGAUCAGCCUAGUGUUUGUGCAAGCGCCAAGCAAAUUCCAGAAGUUGUUGCAGAAACUUCAAAAAACAAGAAGAAGAAGAAAAAGAAGAGUGGAAGAACUGCUCAAGAGGAAGAUGAUGAUUUGGACAAGAUUCUUGCUGAGCUUGGAGAAGUAACAACUCCAUCAAAACCUUCUCAGUGUCCUAUUCCACCGGCUCUGUCGGGCCAGACUCACGAGGAGCCUGAUGAUGUUGGAGGUGAAAAGGAAGCUGAAGAAGGAUCUGUUGUGGAGUCUGCAGCAGCAAAGAAGAAGAAGGAAAAGGAUAAAGAUAAAAAGACAGUGGCAGCGGCUGCGACUUCUGUAAAAGAGAAGCCUCCUGAAGAGACCAAGAAUGAUACCAAAGCCAAAGUACCUGACAAGGAAGAAGAGGAGAAGUUAAAGAAAGAGGAAGAAGAGCGGCUUAAGCAAGAAGAGGCCGAAAGGAUGGAAAAAGAGAAGAAACGCUUGAAGAAAGAAAAGGAAAAGGAAAAACUCAAGGAGAAAAAGCUGAUUGAGGAAGCUCGUAUAUUGGAGGAAAAGAGGAAAAAACUAAUUGGUUAUGUGGAAUUGCGACUUCCUACUACUGGGGAUGUUAGGGAAGCAACUACAAAGCGACCCGUAUAUAAGAGAAAAAAGCCAAAGGCUACUGCUCAAGUUAACGGUGCAGCUGUUAUGAAGGAUGGUGAAAGUGAAGAAAUCAAAAUGACAACUGAGCUAGACUCUAUUGAAACGGAGCGGGCUCAGGAAGUGGACGUGUUUGAAGUUAGCAAGCCAGAAGUAGUUGAUGUUGUGGAGGAGAAUAAGGAGGUGAAGAGUGUUCAGCAUGGUGCUAGUGUUCCUUUGGCAGCAAAACCAGGUGAGAUUGUGGACAAAUCGAAAUGCCGUGGUGUUGCAGUUAAAAAGGAAGCUCUUAAACCUGAUACUUUCCCAAUCCAGGUUAAAAAGGAGGCUACUAAACCUGAUGCUCCUCCAAUCCAGGCUGAGAAGAAUCUCCGGUCACUUAUUUGUUGCAUAAUGGGUCAUGUUGAUACUGGAAAAACCGAGUUACUUGAUUGCAUACGGGGGACCAAUGUUCAGGAAGGAGAAGCUGGGGGUAUUACUCAGCAAAUUGGGGCAACAUAUUUCCCAGCAGAGAAUAUACGAGACAGAACCAAGGAACUGAAAGCCGAUGCUAAGCUGAAUGUCCCUGGUUUGCUGGUAAUCGACACUCCCGGACAUGAAUCCUUCGCCAAUUUAAGGUCUCAUGGCUCAGGUUUAUGUGAUAUUGCGAUCCUGGUUGUGGAUAUUAUGCAUGGAUUGCAGCCACAAACGAUUAAAUCACUUCAUCUCUUGAGGAAGCGGAACACUGAAUUUAUUAUCGCGCUGAACGAGGUGGAUAGGAUCUAUGAAUGGAAACCACACCGUAAUUCACCAAUUCGAAAGACCAUCAAGCUGCAGUCGAAAGUUGUUCAAAAUCAAUUCAACAGGAAGCUUACCGAGAUUAUAACCCAGUUUAAGGAGCAAGGGAUUAACACUGAGCUGUAUUAUAAAAAUAAAGAAAUGGGAGAGACUUUUAGCAUGGUCCCUACUAGUGCCACCACUGUCAAGGUUAUUGAGGGACACGGAACAACCAUCGACGUGGUCUUAGUCAAUGGUGUUCUUCAUGAAGGAGGUCAAGUUGUUGUAUGCGGGAUGAAUGGUCCUAUUGUAACCACAGUUCGAGCGCUCCUGACCCCUCACCCCAUGAAGGAACUCCGUGUGAAAGGAACUUAUUUGCAUCACAAAGAAAUCAAAGCUGCACAGGGCAUUAAGAUUGCUGCUCAGGGACUUGAGCAGGCUAUUGCUGGUACAGGGCUGUAUGUUGUCGGGCCAGAUGACAAUUUAGAUGAUAUCAAAGAAUCAGCCAUUGAGGAUAUGGGGUCGGUUAUGAAGAGAAUCGACAUAAGUGGCGAAGGAGUUUAUGCUCAAGCAUCUACUCUGGGUUCAUUGGAAGCACUCUUGGAGUUUUUGAAGACUCCUGCAGUGAAUAUACCUGUCAGCGGCAUUGCCAAGAUUGGUACUCCACUAUGCGUUCCUGCAAAGGAUUUCAUUGAUAUUGGUCGGAUCGCUUCCAUCAGAAGAUGCUUGAAAGGCAUUUCGAGAUUGAUGAUGAGUUGGUUAGCCAUAUCUCUAGGAGGUCAAUUGAUGCACUCAAAGCCAACUACAAGGACGAUCUAUCUAACGAGGAGUGGACGUUGGUGGCCAAGCUCAAACGGUUGUUCAAGAUACUCUUGA